AUGGAAUCAAAUACACUACAAUAACAAUAAGAAUCAAUCACUGAUUAAAAUAUUGAUCAUCUAAGUAAUAUAUAAAUAGACACAGCUUAGGUCUAGCCAUCAAAGAACUAAAUAGCUAAAGAUGCAAAGAAAAUGAAAAAGAAGGUAGCUCAAGCAGUAACGGUAAUUGUGAAAGCAGAGAAUCAAACCUUUGAGAAAUUAAUGUCUAAGGUUCCUGAGAAAUAUGUAUUUGUUGCUCAUUUUGGAAAUGGUGAUGAAGAGGACUAAAAUGUGGUAUAUGAUUAUGCAAAAUAGUUUGGAGAAAUUUCACGAGUUACUAUAUUCCCUGGAACAAGUUAUGGGCAUCUUGAGUUUAGAGAUACUGAAGGGGUAGAGAGAAUGUUUAAGGAUCUAGAUGGGCCUAAUAUUAAGAAUCUCAAAUUCUAUGGCAAAGAAAGAUAUGCUUGUUUCUUUCAGACAUCAGUAGGAUUUAAUGAGUUGAAGAAUAGAGCAACAGUAGAUUUCCCACAAUCAACUAAUGCAUUUUCAAAUAUUAUCCCUGGGCUUUAUGUCUAUGAUGAUUUCAUCUCUCAAGAGGAGGAAGAUGAGAUGAUUAAAUCUAUGGAUAAGCAUUACUGGGUAAAGCUGCUAAAUAGAAGAGUUUAGCACUAUGGCUAUGAAUUCCUCUAUGGAGUUAAUACUGUCAAUAAAAAUAAUAAGAUAGGUGAAAUGCCUGAUUUUUGCACUUUUCUUUUACCAAGAUUCGAGAAAGUUUUGAAAGGCUUUGGAUUUAAUGAGAAUAAUGAAGUUGCUGAAAUAGGGGCAGAAGAAACUAAAGAAUUAAAAGAGACCUUCUUAGACAGACAUGGACUUUUUGAUUAGCUCACAGUAAAUGACUAUACCCCAGGUCAGGGAAUCCCUCCUCAUGUUGACACUCAUUCUCCUUUCGAAGAAAUAUUUGUCUCCUUGUCAUUAAGAAGCGGAGUUUCUAUGAAUUUUAGAACUCCAGAAGGAUAGUAAAAAGAUGUGUAUUUGAAGCCAAGAGGUCUUGUUUUAUUUUCUGGAGCUGCUAGAUAUAACUACUUGCACUCAAUUGCUACUAGAAAAUUAGAUAGUGUUGAAGGUCUCUUGAAGUUCAGGCAUAGAAGAGUAUCCCUCACUUUUAGAAAGAUUAAGCAUGAUCCAUGCACAUGUAGAUUCCCUAAAUUAUGUGACUCUUAAAAUAAGCAAGUAAAUAUAGAUCAGAAUAUGCUAGCAGGUGAAGGUGAAGAGGCUAAAAUUGACCCCAAAAAUCUCUAAGAAUUAUCUGCCACUGAUAUGGAGAAAAAACAUGUCUAUGAAGUAUAUGAUAAAAUUGCUCCACACUUUAGCAACACAAGAUAUAAGCCAUGGCCUAAGAUCUAGAAAUAUCUAGAUGCCUUGCCAACAGGAUCUUUGAAUAUAGAUGUGGGUUGUGGUAAUGGUAAAUAUCUUGGAUGUAAUAGAGAGAAUGUAUUCAGCAUUGGUACUGACAGAAGUAUAAACUUACUUGGUAUUUGCAGAGACAGAGAUAAGGAUUUCUAAACAUUCUAUUGUGAUUCUUUAAAACUGCCAGUCAGAAACAAUGCAUUUGACUCAGUCAUAUCUAUUGCUGUCGUUCAUCAUUUCUCUACAAAAACUCUAAGAGUAGCUGCUUUGAAAGAAAUGCAUAGAGUUUUAAAGAUCGGUGGUAAAUUAUUAGUAUAUGUUUGGGCAUUUGAAUAAGAAGUAAAGAAGUUCUAAACUCAGGAUGUAUUUGUACCUUGGCAUUUACAAGAUACCUACGAGGAAGGGAAAAAAGACACAGAGGAUAGCUAAUAAAAUAUAGUACAAGAGCCUGAUGUCGAAUAAAACACUAAUCAAAACCAUCAAGAAGAGGAAAAGUCUUCUCAUAGUUCUUCAUUUAUUGAGACUGCAUAUAAAAAUGAUGAGAAAAAGGCUACAGUCUACCAUAGAUAUUAUCAUAUGUUUAAGGAGGGUGAACUUGAAGAACUUAUAACAGAAAAUUUCGAAGGCUAAUUUGAGAUUAGAGACAGAUACUAUGAUCAUGCUAACUGGGCUGUUGUAUGCGAGAAAAUUAGUGAUUGA